AUAACGCCAACUGUUGUUUUGAUUGAAAAAAUUUGUGAUUACGUUUCGUACUUAAUUGGGUCACGAUUUAUUCAUUCUUUGUGAAAGAAAAGGAAAAUUUUGUAUCAUGAAUUCCAAUCGAUAGUUCAAUCUUUCUGGUGUGAUUAUAGUUAUUCUGAAAAUCAAAACGUUUUCGGGUUGUUGUUUCUCAAUAGCCAGAGGGAGAAGAUGCCAGCUUUAAUAGAAAGACCGAAAAUGAGUUUGGCUAUGUGGGCUGCUUUAAAAUCCCACAUAAUGAAGCAGCGCGAAAAGAAAAAGCAAGAGCAAGAAGCAGAUGCUGCAGUUGAGAGACUUCGAAGAGAACAGGAAAUGAAACGAAAGCAAAAUGCUAUGACAUUGGAAGAAAUUCGAGAACAGAUUGCUGAAUUAGAGAAAAAAUUAAAUGAUCUGAAAAUGGAGAAGCAUAAUUUAUUCCUUUAUCUAAAACGAGUUUUAAACAACGAAGAAGACAAGAGGAGAAGUGAAGAAGACAAAGAAGCCAGUGAGCUACUACAAAUGGGUCAUCAUUACAUCAAUCAAAAUGUACCUGUUGGAGCACCAAACUUAUACAUGAUAGCUGGAAACAAUGCUCUUAAUCGAAAUCAAGUUAUGUUUAAAGUUGGAAAUCCUACACCUCAGCAAAAUGGUGCAAUUAAAAGACAAAGAAGUCCAUCCCCUCCCAAUCCUAAUUACAGUCAAGGUUACAAUUUCAAAACCCAUAGUACUUAUGGUCAGACUUAUGGAAUGCCACAUCCAACUGGUCAAUAUGCACCACAAGACCAAACGAAACAUCUUGCUGCUGGCUAUCAUGUUACACAUUUGCCACAACAAGGCUAUGUGAGCAGCUUGCCUCAACAAAUAGAGCAUGCAGCACAGAAGCAAAACAACAUACAAGAAGAAAAGUAUUACAUCCAGCAGGGUGGCAUUUCCUCUGGAUAUCCUAUUCGAAGUCAACCUCAAGCACCAUCUCGUUUUCAGCCACCUACUACCCACAACGUAACAGCACCGAUGCAGGUUCCCAUUCGAAAAGAAGACGUUAUGCGGCGCAGCAUAAAUGAAGCUCAUCGAUAAAAAAGAAGCUCUGGAGCUGAAAGCAAUGCUUUGGAAGCAUUUUGCUUGAAUUUAGUUUCCUUUAUUUCUCCCAUCAAAGGAAAAAUAUAGCAGGAUUAUGGUCUAGGUGUUUAUGCUGCAUUAUUGAAUUUAAAAUAGUUCAUGUAAAAUCCAUAUGAUGCUGCCCUUUGAUAGGGGUAAAGAUUUCCUAAAACAGCUCUUCUUAAAUGUGACAAAUGUUUGAGUGGGGUAUUAUUGCACAACUGGUGGUGAGGCAUUAUAAGAGUAGUUUGGAACUAGUAGUAUAUAAAUAAUGAGGUAGUGUUCAAAUAAAUAAAAUUGUUUAUUUUCAAAAUAAAUAAAUAAAUAUAUAAAUAAAAAAGUUUCAAAAGAAUCAAAUUAAAAAAAAAAAAAAAAAGUUGGGGAAGAUGAGUAUGAUCAGAAUUAUAAAUGAUUUUGUUGAAAUUUAUUGAGAUUGAAACUUCUAAUGCUGUGUAUUUUUCAAGUUGAGUAUGUUAAAAACAAAAACUCUAACGUUUUAUUUUUUGAGAGUUUUUUAAAAUUUCUAUAAUAUUUGCUGCUUAAAAAUUAAGCUUUUUUUCUGUAAUGUAAAACCUGCAAAAAGUGGUUACUCUGGCACUAAACAAAAAGUCUGCUGUAGAUUCAUGUAAAGUAUUAUACUAAUUUUCUGCUUGCUAUUUUUUCUACUUCUGAUGACUGAAUUUUAAGUUAAAAAUAGAUCAGUCAGAUUAGUCUAGAGACAAUUAUUUCACAUAUUGUGUGAUAUAACUUUAAUAAUUUUGCUAACAUCACAUUCAGUCAUUACACUGCAAGAUUUUGGUGUUAAGCUUGACGUUUUGUAAAAUGUUUGUUACUUUUGGCAUUAUGAUCUUGUUAUACAUUUUUAGACAAUUGUUUUUCUUUGUUACUGUAAUGGGGAAUUGUUUGUGGCACGCUUUGAUUUAUUAAACAUCAAAAAGGUUGGUUGAAAAUUUUGUCUGUAGGGCCCCUUAUCAUAAGCUUAAAAUUUAUUGAAGACUAUGUAUAAGUUUUGUCUUUAACAUAUUGUGACAGGAAAAAACUUUGUUUGGGUUGUUUUAGUAUGUGGACCAACGGUAAAAGUUCCGGGAAUCAUGGAACCAAUGUAAAUGUGUUUUGAAUUGUGUAUUUAAGUUAGGCAAAAUUGGUUAUUUAUUUUUAAUAUGUGCCUUGUUUUAAGGAACUGAAUUUUUGUUUUUGAUUUCCCUAAAAGUCUUAAAUGUAAAACAAAUUAAA